UUGAUUGGAAACUCGUAUUAGUAGGCCAUGGUACCACUCUCCUCAUCCAACAGACAUUCUGUCGUUACAACCAUACGCUGCUAGUACCAUCGAUUGUCUUGUGUGCAGCGGUACCGCAGUGUCGGAGAAUGCAGUAAGUGGUAUUACGUACUCGAUACCUCACCGUGUGUGAUAUGUGUUUUAAUUUUGUUGACAGUCGGUGAACAUACACGUGAGUGCGACCACCUUAACUGGAAUAGCUGUUUGUCAACUCUUGCAUAUCAUUUUCUACCCGAAGUACAACUUGUCUUGGCAGUGUGAAGACAAGAUCAGCUGAGCUGUCAUUACGACGAAGUUGUGUCAAAAAUUGUGAUUCUUGGAGAAAUGUGAAAUUCCGUGUACAUCUUUUUUCGAGGAGUGUAUACAAAUGAUUAUCGGGAGUGAUCCUACAAAACUAUGUUGUUCUGCAAGCUGAUUACAUUAUGUGUGUGUACAAUUACAGUUCAUCUUCAAUUUGUUUCGGCCAGUCUAUGGUCAAAUCCCGAUUUGGAAUUAUUAGAUGAGAUCCACGAUGCUGAAAUUUAUCAAGCUGUCGUAUCGUCUGUUGAAGAAUGGAGGCGGAAGAGAGAAUUGAAAAAAUUACAAAACAGAAUCAAGAGAGAAGAUGUCCAAAGUGUGUGCUACGAUGAAGUUGGAUGCUUCGAUUCAUCCGGGCCUUUUGGUUACUUGGACAUGUUACCAUCCAAGCCAGAAGAAAUAGGUACAAAAUUUCUUCUUUAUCCUGGAAGGAAUCGAGGAAGGAGUGGAACGCCUCCAGCAGAAGUGCCGUUUCAUAACAUAUCGGAUGCUUUUGACUGGGCGAAACAAGGUUUCAAUAACAGCUUGUCUACUAAAGUGCUCAUCCAUGGAUUCGGUAGUGGAUGCACCCAUAUAUGGGUGUACGAGAUGAGAAGUGCUUUGAUGGCAGUGGAAGAGAUAAACGUCAUCUGUGUAGAUUGGGAAAACGGCGCCACGUUGCCGAAUUACGUCAAAGCCACAGCCAACACCAGAUUAGUCGGGAAACAACUUGCGAUGCUGCUGCAAGGACUGGUAAAACACAACGGGCUGUCUCUCCGGAACACCCACCUGAUUGGCUUCAGUUUGGGAGCCCACGUCGCUGGAUUUGCCGGGGCAGAAAUCGGGAAUCUAUCACGAAUCACCGGAUUAGACCCUGCAGGACCCUUAUUUGAAUCCCAGGAUCCCAGAGCCAGGCUCGACCAGACAGACGCUGAGUUCGUGGACGUCAUUCAUAGUAACGGCGAAAAUUUGAUUUUGGGGGGUCUCGGCUCUUAUCAGCCGAUGGGGCAUGUAGACUUUUAUCCCAACGGAGGUCGGAUGCAGAAGGGAUGCAGCAAUUUGUUCGUCGGCGCGGUCAGCGACAUCAUCUGGUCAUCUGCCGUCGAGGGAAGAUCGCUCUGCAACCACAGAAGGGCUUAUAAGUUUUUCACGGAUUCGGUCUCGCCAAGAUGCCAUUUUCCAGCGUUUCCUUGUGAUUCCUACGAAGACUUUCUGGCAGGAAAAUGUUUUCCUUGUACGGACGAAAGAAAAUGUGGAAAUAUGGGCUAUUACGCUGAUAGGUCUAAAGGACGAGGACAGCUGUAUCUUAUAACGAGGGAUGAGGAACCCUUCUGUGCGCACCAGUAUCAUGUCAAACUUGAAACAUCAACCACUCCAGUCAAUUUGGUCAGCUAUGGAAAAAUACAGAUCACUCUCAUUGGUGAUACGCUACUGAAUGAAACCUUCGUCCUAACAAGGAAAGAAGAUGAAGAAAUGGUCCUGGGUCAAUCUAUUUCGAAAAUCCUCGUACCUCAUCCCAUUCUAGCAGAACCUACAGCAAUCCAAGUUCUUUACACCGCUUACAGCGGUUGGUUAUCUUCCGGUUUAACACAAUGGAGAAUGGACAAAGUCACCCUGAGCGACAGCUUCGGUAAAAUAUCAUCAGUGUGCAAGAAAAACUUAGUACUAGACUCAGGUAUUCCUGUUACCCUACCGCUUUACCCAGGAGAAUGUAACGUGCCUAAAGACGUCUACUACGAAGAAACCAAAAACAAUGUUUUCGACACCAAUAACACCUCUUACCCUCCAGAUACGAGCAAUUUCAUCCCACCCCAAGCUUCUAAAACUAGUCAUGAGGAGACCAAGAAAAGAUUCCAACCAGACAAGUAUUCCUCGAUGUUCAGAGACGCGAUAGAUUUCUUGCACAUACCUUGGAACAGGGAGAGGGAGAAUAACGUGAUAGAUAACGAGCUCAACGAAUCCGGUAGGGCACUGAACACGCGAAUCAUCAAGAUUGGCGGAAAUAACGAUAACGAGUCGGAAAUCGUCCGGGAAAUCGUAGAGCCGAUACUCAAGCCCCAGUCGAUGAAGAACGCCAGAUCGCACAACCCAGACAAACAGAAACCAGAAAUAACCGAGCCGAUUUUACGAGCAACCACAUCGAAAAGUCGAGCGACAAAAUCCGAUCCCAUCUUCAAGAACGAUUUCAUCAACAAACUGGCCAACGAUCGGAAAGAAAUCCAGUAUAAUUUUUACGAUAUCGAAGACGAAAUUGCCUGGAAUCCUCCUCAAAACAUGAUCGUUGACGAGAAAAACGACAAGAAGAAACGACAAGAAAGCAACACCGGCAAUUUAGGAAUGAAUAUUCCACCUCCAGAAAAUCCGAUAGAAGCAAUCGUGACAACUGUUCAAUUCUUACCAAGGAGGUUGGCCAGGAUGUUCGAGCAGGCUGAAAAAUACGCCAGAGAAACGAUCCUUCCUUUGGUCAGCACCUACACCCCCAAAUUCAUCUCAGAGAUCAUAGCACCCAAACCCAAAGCAAAACCAAAAUACGUACCUUUAUCUUACGACGAAGAGGUACCAAAACCGUCAGCAUCUGUCCAGAUUCAAAACAGAGAAACGACCAAUAAGACUAAACGUUUCGAUCCACCACCCAAAAUCAACACGACAGAUCUCAAAAGUGAGGAAUCUAAACUCACCACUCCAUAUACCCACAUACAAAAAAUCUAUAAAAAAGGCGAGAAAUUUGAGUUUGUUUUUCCAGACAUAGCGUUCAAACCUAUGUUGAACUUUACAACUAGGGAAACUCCUAGAAAAGCCAGACAUGAUUCUUCGAAAGUGCCAAUACCAGUCGAGAUGCCGAAAGAAAUAGAACCCACAAAGAAGCCAGAAGAAUCGUUGAAGAGGUCCCUAGAAACGUCGAGUGGAGAAAACGACAAAACCAAUGGCAUCUACAUCGAUUUGCCAGUGUUUGAAGGGACCCCUAAGACAAAAUACAUACCGCUGUCAUUCGAAAGCUCAAGCAAUAAUAAUAAUUAGUUUUAUUUAUAUUUAUUUAAAAGAUUAUAUUUAGAAACUUUGUAAAUAACCUGUGACAAAAUUUUACAAUAUAAAUUGUUAUUGAAAAA